AUGCCACCAGCUGUGCUCAUUACCGGCGCCACGGGAAAGCAAGGAGGCUCACUCAUCAGAAGUCUCGUUGCUAGGAAAUCUCCUUUAGAGAUCCUCGCUGUGACGCGCAAUGCUCAAUCUUCUUCUGCGCAGAAAUUGACAAAGCUGUCAUCAAACAUCAAAUUGGUAGAAGGAAACUUGGAUGAUCCAGCGGCUCUUUUCCAGAGUGCACGCAAGGUGACUCAAUCUGCUGUCUGGGGAGUUUAUAGCGUUCAGGUUCAAUUCUUUGUUUACAGCUCUGUCGAUCGUGGAGGUGAUGCUUCUUACAACACUCAGACCAAUGUGCCGCACUUCAUUAAUAAGCACAAUAUCGAGCAUCAUCUAGUCGAAAAGAGCAAAAACACCGAUAUGAAAUGGUUUAUCCUACGACCUGUUGCUUUCUACGAGAAUCUCGUCCCGGGUCUCUUCGGCAAAGUCUUCGCAACCAGCUUCAAGAUGGCACUGAAGGGCAAACCCUUGCAGAUGGUGGCGACGGAUGAUAUCGGAUUCUUUGGAGCCGAGGCCUUUUCACACCCUGAGGAGUACCAAAACAAGAGUCUUUCUCUCGCGGGUGAUGAAUUGACAUACGAUCAGUUCGCAGACAUCUUCCAGCAGAAGACAGGUCAUGCCCUCCCUUCGACUUAUCGAUUCUUAUGUUCUAUCUUCAUGGCAUCGAUGAAGGAUAUGGGUUAUAUGUUUAAAUGGUUCCAUGAUAGCGGCUACAAGGCAAAUAUCCCUGAGCUAAGGAAAAUCAACCCAAACUUGAAGGACUUUGGGACGUGGCUUGAAAGGGACAGCGAUUUUUCGAAGCAUUGA